UGUCAUUGUCAAUCCACACGUGCGUGAAAACCACGAGCAUUUUAGAAGUUUCUUUGCUAAUUUUGGACACUUUUCACAUUUUUAACCGAUUUAAUUGAUUUGAAUUCGUGAUGCCUAGAUCAAAGAGAGAUAAGAAAGUCUCGUUGACAAAAACAACGCGAAAAGGUCUACAGUGGAAACAACAGAUAGUCGAUGACAUUCGCAACUGUGUUACAAAGUAUCCAAACAUUUUCAUGUUUUCCGUACAAAAUAUGCGAAACAACCUACUGAAAGACCUUCGACAGGAGUGGAAGAAAAAUUCGCGGUUCAUUUUCGGCAAAAAUCGGAUAAUGCAGCUGGGACUCGGCAAAUCAGAAAGUGAUGAACCUGAAGUGGAUCUACAUAAGCUAGCUAAACGUCUGCAGGGUCAAUGCGGUUUAUUAUUCACUGAAAGGUCAAAAGAAGAAGUUAUAGAAUGGUCUCAGAACUACACAGCGUUGGAGUACGCAAGAAGUGGUUUCGUGGCAACAGAAACUGUUGUUUUACCUGAAGGUCCAAUGGAAGACUUUUCACAUGCAAUCGAGCCGCAUCUACGAGCGCUUGGUCUGCCAACUAAACUAGAAAAGGGAAUCGUUACAUUAUAUAAAGAGCACACAGUUUGUGUCAAGGAUAAAGCAUUGACGCCCGAACAAGCCAGAGUUUUAAAAUUAAUCGCUAAGCCAAUGGCCACAUUCAAUUUGGAGAUAAAAUGCUGCUGGACAAAAGACGGUGGUUUUGAGUCGAUUGUCGAUGACGAAACGGCCUCAGACAGUGGAAAUGCUGAAGAUGAUAUGGAGCAGGAAGAAGGAGAUGCUGAUGAAGAUAUGUCCGAUGAUGACGAUUAAUCUAAUAAAUUUUGUU